AACAAGAGCAAUAUUGUGUUAAACACCAUUUCCCAGAAUGCAACAAGGUUGUUGAGCACGUGAUUUACGGAGUAGCGGUUGGGGAAAAAUGGCCGGGCACACGCGUUUAAGGAAACAUCACAAACCACCCCCCACCCCUUUUCGACGUAGCAAAAUAGCAUUCCACAGGAAAGAUCUGAGGAGACACGAGGUUGAAUUCGAAUGUGAGAAUCCAUAUAUGAUGAACGCCAGCCAAGAUUUGGAUUACAAUUAUGAUGGCUACUAUACCGAUGAUUACAGCCAUCUUUUUGCACCGUGUGAAAAGACGCAUGUCAGGGCAUUUGGGAAAGUUUUUCUGCCCAUCCUUUAUUCAGUCGUAAGUAUACUUGGCAUUGUGGGAAAUGUAUUUCUAAUCAUUUUUUUGAUCAGGUCUACUAAGCAGAAAAAGACUUUGUCUAUAUUUCUCCUAAAUAUGGCUGUCUCUGACACCUUGUUUGCAUUAACUCUGCCCUUCUGGACCAUUUACAUCGUGAAACAUUGGAUCUUCGGUCUAAUUGGCUGCAAAGUUAUCACUAUGGUUUACACCUUGAACUUGUACAGUAGUAUAUUCUUCAUAACAUGUGUGAGCCUGGAUGCUUACCUGCAGAUAGUCUGGGGUAGCCCCGCCCUCGCUGUACCUCCCCGGAGGCUCAGGGCAUGCGCCCUGGUGUGGAUUCUCUCCCUGCUGGCCACCCUGCCCAGUGUGAUCUUCGUGGAGGUGGAGGAGAUUGAAGGGCAGAAGCGCUGUGUUCUCCGUUUUGGUGAGGGGGCAGUGUCACACCACAAAAUAGCCCUGAGGUUCCUGCUCAUCGUCUCUGGCUUUCUCAUUCCAUUCCUGGCGAUGGUGUUCUUCUACACGCGCAGCUUUUGCGUUUUGCUUCAGUCACACUCCGGUAAAAGGUCGACGCUCCUGAAGCUGGCCCUCCUUCUCGUAGCGGUGUUCUUCGUGCUGUGGUUCCCUUACAGCGUCGUCCUCUUCUUACACGCCUUACAAGAUCUGCACGUGAUUUCCGACUGUGCCACGAGCCACAACCUCGAUUUUGCAAUGCAAGGCACAGAGAGUCUCGCUUUCAUCCAUGCCUGCCUCAAUCCCAUUUUGUAUGCGUCUGUAAACCAAAGGGUCCGAAGGAACAUAAGUAACGCGCUGAAGACAAUCUGCCAGAAAGGGAGAGAGAAUUCACUGGAGGCUUCGCGAAGCACGAGUCCAUUGUCUUUACAGAACACUGGGAUAGAGCUCACUAGAGUACAACACCUCACCUGUGACUAAACUGCAGUUAAAGGCCAUUUGUAUACAUAUUAUUUACUUGCAGUGUUUCUCAUGUUUUUAUUAUUACAUGAAACAUCAUUAACAGCAUGCAAAGUAUAUCCACAUGAAUCAGUAGCUACUGUAUACACAGUAUGUACACAGUAUGUAUACUAAAUAUCACAUUUGCAGCUAUGUUACGUAUACGCCAUGUGUGCUAUAUGCAUUUUAGAGUUACAGAAUGCCUUGCCUUCACUGUAAUAAGAAAUACUGCAUGCUGAAAUGUUUCACUGGUAUUGUUUUUGUUAAAAAUAUUUGUACUGGAAUGUGAGUGUGGAUAGAAAGUGCGGAGAAACGAGAAUGGAAACUUUGGAAUGCCAGUGGAACCUCUGUGCUGUUGUACUUUUCUUUGUGCUGUUUGUCUGCAGUUGUAUGCAGUUAUUUUCAAUGCACUUUUAAUGUACAUAUACUCCAAAUAAUGACAAAUAAAUUCAUCCUGGUUUGGAGGGCAGUGAA